AUACAGCGUGAAGAUGUAGUAGAAUUACAAUCAUGUUUCAAGAUCAUUGUUUAGUCGACCGCGGGGUUAUAAUUAAAACAAAUUCCAGUAAAUAUUUCAGCAUCAAUAGGGCUUGUUUAAAUAUCAACAAUUUACCUGCUUAUAAAAACAAUUUCAAUUCUCCAAUUCUGUUCGAACUUACAAAUAAAGACUAUGUUAAAAACUACCGCUUUAAAAGAAUGAGGUUUUUUACUAGAAUACGUAAGCCAGUAGGAGCAAGAGAAAUAAAAUUAUCAUCAUUAGUAGCCCAUCUGUCUGAUUUCAUCAAAAUUUCAUUAAAUUAAAUAAUCAAAUUUAUUUUAAUGUCAUUAAAAUAUUAAAUUAUACGUAGUUUAAUUUUUUUUAAUUUUCCGGAAGCUUUUUUCUCAUUUUCUUUAUGUUUUGAUCACGUUACAUUUCCACUCAAUUUUGUAAAAAGUACAGUGUUGAACGCAGUGUCGAGCACAGCGCUGUUUCAGUAUUAGAGUUUUAAUCAAAUAAAACCUUUGUCUUUUUCGGUUUUAUUUCGGUGUUAAAACAGCACUAGCAGAGGAGCACUUGAACAUAAUACAAUUGAUUACGUGACUGUUUUGAGAAAAUACUAAUAGUUAUUUUUCACAUUUAAGUUACCAUUUCUAAUAUAUUUCAUAAUUAUUGUUAUAACUAUCAACUACACAAUUAGCUAACUUCCAUACAAAAGUUAAUGAAGGCAAAACCAGUUACCCAAUGCCUAUGUAGCUGUAAGUUUAAAAAUGAAGAAGUAUUUAUGGAUUAGGGAAGUAUCCAAGGAAGUGUAAAAAAAUAUAUAUAAGUUAAACUUUGACACAUUUCUGUCAUUUUUUACCGGAUAGUGACCGAUAUUUAGAUAAUAGCAACUUAAAUACGGAUACGAUCAUUAUAUCAAAUAGACCAUAGUCUGUAAUUUUGUUUAUUUUAUUCUUUUUUACUUACCAUUAUUUCAAAAAUGAAGGUUGCGGUUCAAAAAAUAAAAAUAUGUUUUUGAUAUUAAAAGAAUCACAACGAGCUACUGAAUACGACGAAGACUUACUUUAAUUUCUUUAAAUUUUACAACUAUUAUAAAUUGUAAUAGUAUGUAACGUACACUGCAUAAUAGGUAACAAAAAUAUUGGAAAGUAUUUCAUAGACAAACUGACUGAUACUAGUGUCUGUGAUCAAAGAUUUCAUUAAUUUUAUAAAAAUACCUGUCUUCUCAUUGACCUCUAACUGUGACUUUACCAUAGAUUUUACGUGGAUUUUACGUAUUAUGGUAUUUAUUUUACAUCAAAAAGUUCUAGGGCUUCCUUUUAAUUGUUUAAAUUUCUGAGGUCUAGAACAUGUCUAGAAUCACUGAGAGAAAGAGUAAAUGUAUAUAUAACUAAGGUUUUAUAUAACAUGAGUAACCAUGGAGUAAUCACUGGCUUUCAAAUUUCCCUUUGACAUAACGAUGUCAACAAAAUUAUUUGUUGUGUCCGUUUUGUGUUAUGUCUCUAUAUUCUAUAAUUAUGUUAUUAUUUGAUAAAUAGAUAGUAAAUCAUAACUAAAAUGGUUUACUAUCACACAUCAAAAAAUGUUAGAAUGAUGCGAAAUAUUUUAAUGGACUUUAGUGCCUCUAGUGAAGUUUCUCCUUAUGAGUACAUGAAGAUGUAUAUCGAUAAAUGUCCUGAUACCUCAGAUGAUUCGAAGAUUUCUUGGAUAGCUGAAACCUUCUUGGGUAUCCAAAAACACGGACAAUUCCUAAAAGAAAUAGCCUCACAUAUGUCUAAUGAACUUUCCGAAGAAGAUCAAGAUUACUUCAUGAUAAUUUUUCAUUCAAUAAUAUUUCUAAUAGAACCUAAAGAUACGCAGCUUCUGUAUAAAUGCCUUUUCAACCUUAGUAAACCAUUACUUUAUAUGUUUACUAAGUUUCUGAGCAAUAAUGAAGUUCUUACUUUCAUCUCACAAAUAGCUCAAUCCAUGUAUGAUAUGAAUUACAUUACGGAAAAAAUAAUUAAUCCAUUAUUUACCUGGCAACCAUAUAUCAGUGAAAUGGGUCAUACAUAUGCUGAAUAUGUCACGAAAUUAGAAAGCCGAAAAUUGAAGCCUCCUACCAUACCUAUACAGCCUAAUGUACUUAAUAAAAGAACCAAAGAACAUGCGGCACAUUCUAAUGAUACACCUCUUCCAGUUACACCACCAAAUUCUUUUCAAAUUAAAAAAAGAAUGCUUACAAAAAGCGCAAUUGAUCGAAGGCUUAAGAGCAGUUAUGAAAAAAAUAAACAAAGAGCCGCAAACGUGCUAAGUGAUAUAAGAAAUAAAAAUUUCCAUUAUGCUCAACCGAAAUCUGAAAAAUAUUACAAUAUUAUUAACAACAUUAAAGGUGAAACUGAAAAUGAAUUUACGAAACCAUUGCCAAAAAGUAAACAUUCAUUAACUCUAAGCACUAAGCUUCCUCCCGUUAAAGACACAGUAGCUAACUUAAAAAGAACAAAUAGACGAAUUCAAAUCGUGCAAGCGGAAGAAGUCGAAUGGUUAGAAACUUUACUAACAACAUGUAGAAAUACAGCUAAAAUAAAUGAAAUGGAAGAAUUCUAUCGUCAAGAACGUGAAAGAGAGCGUUUACUUGAUAUAGAAAAGAAACAUCUUAUGGGAUUAAUUUCAUAUGAAGAGGCUGUUAUUUCUAAAAAGAAACUUCUCGAAGAGAACAAGAAAAAAUAUGAAAAAUUUCUUAAAGAAAAAGAUAUUUGGAACCAGGAAAUAGAAAAAUGGCGCAAAUUAGAAAUUGAGAAAAACCGUAAACAAUUUGAAAAGCUAUCGCUGAUACAACUAAAUUUAAUUCAAGCUAGAAAUGGAGUAAUAUCUAAAAAGAAAGAGAUAGCUAAUAAUACAAAAAAGGAAUCUGAAAUGCUUAUAGCCAAUGCAGUAAAGGCAAAGCAAGAGGAAUUAGACCACAGAGUUAAGAUGAUAAAAGAAAUAAAAAUACUUGCUACAAUUGCAAAGGCAGCAAAGGUUCCUAAAAUAAUCGAUUUGACAGAAACUUCUGGAUUAGGACUACUUUGUGAAAUGUCUAUUGCAGAAUUGCAAGAAAGAUUGAGUGCUUUCAAAAUUGGUUUAUAUGAAGAAUUAGAAAGAAAGAAAACAAUGAUAAAACAAGAUAACUUAGCAAUGAAGCAAGAACUUAAAGAGACAAAAUUAUCAAUAAACAAAUUUAUGGCCGAACGUGCAGCGAUGCGUAAACAAAAUCAAAAGUCUAAAAUAACGUUUGAUAAUAUUUCAAACAAAGAAAUAAAUGACUUAAAGAAAACUUUGGACGAGAAGAGAAAGCUGAGAACUCAACUUACCAAAAGCAGUUGAAAUAGUUUUAUUUAACGAUUAUUAUAGUAUUUUUUGUAUUUAAUAACGUUUUGUUCCAUUAGUAAAUAAACGUUUAUUUUUCUCAGCUCUUUCGUUUAAACUGCUGAUAUCGUCUAUAUUUUAUAUGAUAUUUGAUAUAGUUGAUUUAACACAAUAUAUUGCCUAUUAAAGCCGGUAUUUAUCCUAUCAUCCAAGGUGUUCUUUAAUUUGGCCUCUACCUAGUUUAAUUAUUUAAACGGCAAUAAGUAAUAUAUUUUCAACGAAUCCUGAUCUAAAUGCUACAUUUGUAUUACUAAAACAUUAUUGUAUCCAUUCCAGAUAUUAUCUUCUUUAAUCUGCUUGAAUCUUAUUUUUUAAAUCACGAUAUGCAAUCAAAAAAAUAUUAGUUAUGAAAAAUUUACAUAUUUGUCACGAGCUUUUGUAACUGUUAAGAUUUUCAUAUUCAUAUAUCUUAAGCAUAUAAUUUAUAUAAUAAUAUUUUAUAUACAAAUCCUUUUUCUUCCCUAUCUCCGAAGUAAGUAAAUUAAAGGAGAGCGAAAAAAAACGUGUCUAUAAUUUA